GAAUGCAAAGAAGACACAUGCGCUGUUCUUGAAGAUGAAAUAGAAAACAGAAUAGAAGAGCUAUUAAAGGACAAAGAACUUUUACAAAAAUAUGGUUCUGAGAAAUUUGACAUAACUCCACCAGAAAAGAAGAAGAGAGAAAAGAAAGAAAAGAAAGUAGAAGAAGAGAAGAAAGAACCUGAACCAGAGAGAAAAAGAAAUUUGACAUGUAA